GGAGUAGAGCGUUGUCGUCUCUUAUGAUCCAGUUUAGCUCAGCUCUGCGGACUUUCAGAACUUUGUCUCUAAGGUGUCCGACCUGCCAGUAUGUAGGCCGACAUUCACAGAGACACGCUGCGCGUCAUCAGCGUUGCGAGGCAGUGGAGCAGAAUGAGAAACAAGAUUCUGAGGAUCCUCAGAUGAACAUGGUGGCAACAUUUCCUGAGACAGUUUGUGAGUUCAUAAAGUGGAAAAGCUGAUGGCGGAGAGGCGGUCAGGGCAACCUGGCUGGAUUGAGAGGGAACAUCUGCAUCCUUCUCUCUGGUCACAGACCAUGAACAUUGUGGGCCAGCUAGCAGAGACCGUGUUUGUCACAGUGAAGGAGCUGUACCGCGGCUUGAACCCGGCCACCCUGACCGGUGGGAUCGAUGUCAUCGUGGUGCGGCAGCCUGACGGCUCUUACCAGUGUUCGCCGUUUCAUGUCCGCUUCGGGAAGCUCGGCGUGUUGCGCUCCAAAGAGAAAAUUGUCGACAUCGAGGUAAACGGAGAAUCGGUCGACCUGCAUAUGAAGCUCGGAGAUAAUGGCGAGGCUUUCUUUGUGGAGGAAGAAGAAAACAUGGAGGUCCCAGCCCAUCUGUGCACCUCCCCAAUUCCUCUGGAGGUCCCCGAGGACACGGAUGUGAUCGCCGAGGGAUCCGGAGCCCGCAAGAAGCGGCGGCGGCGGAGGCACGUGCGUUAUGAUACUCAGCAGAGGGACGAAACCAACUCUUCGUCAGAAGAAAGAGACAAAGAGGAGCAGAGCACGAAAGACUCUGACGCUGCUCAGCGGGAGAGUCCUUCAUCUACACUCCUGCUGACCAGUAAAUCAGUGUACUACUCGAUGUCUGAGGAGCCAGAUGAGGAACUGGGGGCCACACAGGACAGAGACACUCAUCCACUUUCAGACGAAGAGCUCCCAGAGAAUCGGGCGGAUUCUCCUAAAAUCGACUCCGAGCUUCUGGACGAAGCCCCGGAUUUGUCUGAGCCCCAAAUGCAGUGGAACUGGGGAGGAUUUCCCACGCCCUGUGACCCAGAGAACGCACCAGGAGAGCUGAAGGCCACGUCUCACUUCUUCCCCAUUGAGAGACAGGACUCCUUUGACCUUGGCGACGAGGUCACGCCUUCCGAGAUAAUCGGCUGCGUGAAGCCACAGCCGACGGCGGACUCAGUUUGUUUAGACAGCAGCGCUCAGCAAACCAGCUCUUCAUCUCCGAAGAACUUUGACGACGAACUUUCCUCCCACGACGUCUUCAUGUCGUGCGUUUCUUCCACUGAAGUAGAUUCUGAGUUUACGGUGGAAGAGAAGGAGGAAAAAGAGUCAUCUUCUGAGAAGAUUGGCACUUGUUUCAACAAAAGCCAAGAAGGCGCCGAAAAAGUCAGUUCUGUAGCUGAAGGAGUUUCUGAAAAUGGAACUUUGAGCAAAACAGAAGAGCUGAUAAAAAAGAUGGCAGAAUGCACACUCCAAGAAUCAGGCCAGGAUAGUGGAGGACCAAAAGAUCCGCAGGAAGAAAGUGUCUCAACUGAGCAGAGAGAAUCGGAUUCUCCCUCAUCUGAGCAGAGAGAAUUGGAUUCUACACCUUCUGCUCCUGAUGGAGGAUUAGUGCCCAGCGCCGGUGGAGAAGAUGACGACACCACACUCGGAGCGACCGAUGAAUCACCCGAAAGCUCAGCCGCAGCGACGACUGCAGCACAAGCUGCCGACGCGGACACUGGGAGUGACGUGGCGAAAUCCUCCGAAGCAUCCUCCAAACUGGAGCAACAGGACGAGAAAAAAAGUAAACAGAUUCAUCCUGGAGGCUCGUCGGAUAUUUACCUGGAAGACCUGAACACUCUGGACCCGGAGGUGGCGGAGCUUUAUUUCCCCAAAACAGAGGCAGAGGGAGCGUUAACUCAAUUUGCUGAACAGGGCUUAGGUAGCCAUUCGCCUCAGUUAGUGGACAUUGGAGCAGUGGACAGUGGAACAGAGUACCUGUCUGAUUCUUCUUACGUCAUGGACGUCAGCAUGUCCCUUUGUGGGAAAGUAGGAGACACCAGCCAGAUUACCAAAGAAAAGUUCACAGAGCACCUUGUGACAUAUCAGGAUUUUAUCAACAACCCAGGAAUCAUUGAGGAUCCAAGUCUAGUCAUUUGCAUAAAUUCUAACUAUUACAACUGGGGAGUGGCUGCUCCAAUGAUCCUGUCCGUGACAGCGUUCCAAAAAAACCUACCAACGAGUACAGUAGAGAAGCUGGUGAAGGACAAGAUGUCCAAAAAGCCUGGCCGUUGGUGGUUCUCAUGGAGACGCAGAGAAAUGGACAACAAUAAGCAACAACAAUUAAAGGAGGAGCAACUGGCAAGUGUUUCCUCCCCAGUCCAAGCCACACUGGAUAACACUGAAGCUGUAGGGCUCCGACAAAAAGCUCCCAGUCUUUCUUCAGAAACCAUGUCCAUGUCCUUCAGCCACAUGUACCGCAAAUCACUACGUCUCACUUCCAAGGAGAUAGAUAGUCUAAAUCUGCGUGAAGGAGCCAAUAAAGUGGUAUUCAGCGUUACAUCGCAAUAUCAGGGCACCUGUCGCUGUGAAGCUGCCAUCUAUCUGUGGAACUGGAACGACCGGGUCAUCAUAUCAGACAUUGAUGGAACAAUCACCAAAUCUGAUGCGCUUGGUCAUAUCCUGCCUCAGUUUGGAAAAGACUGGACACACAAGGGAAUCGCCAAACUUUAUCACAAAAUACACAAAAACGGAUACAAGUUCCUGUACUGUUCAGCGAGGGCUAUCGGCAUGGCUACUAUCACCAAAGACUACUUAAAGUGGGUCAACGACCAAGGCACGGUUCUUCCUAAAGGCCCUGUGCUGCUGGCUCCCAGCAGCCUCUUUUCAGCACUACACAGGGAGGUGAUUGAGAAGAAGCCAGAGGUUUUUAAGAUCGCCUGUCUUAGUGACAUCAGGGACUUGUUCGGAUCACACAAACAGCCUUUCUACGCGGCUUUUGGCAACAGGACUAAUGAUGUUUUUGCCUAUAAGAAGGUGGGAGUGUCUGAGAGUAAAAUAUUUACAGUCAACCCAAAAGGAGAGCUUAUCCAAGAAAUGAAUAAAGGCAACAAGUCUUCGUAUAACCACCUGACUGGAUUGGUCGAGCAUUUCUUCCCCGUGGUGUCUGCCGAGACAAAUAACGCUGCAAUUUUGGUCUGUCCUGAAUACAGUAGCUUCUCUUACUGGAAGGAUCCUCUGCCCGAACUGGACAUGAGCAUACUGACAUAGACCAACUUCCAAUAUUGUGUCUAAGCCCUUUGCACAUAUGUGCAAAAUAGAUAUCAAUUCUCAGAUUUUCCCAGGACAACCACCUUUGAUAAGAACAUAAAGAAGUAGUUGUUGAGUUUUAAUACUACACUCGGAUAGAUUCCAAUUAAACUAUUUCGAGUCAAAGCCACUGAAUAAUUAAUAGCUUGAGCAUUUUUAGUUUUUCAAGAUAUUUCUCCUGUCACUACAUGUUUUAAUUAUUAUAAAUCCUAUUCAACAUAUUAUCUUAUGAAUCGUAUUGAAAAUGACACAGAGAAGAACUCGACUUUAAAAAACACACCAAGUAAUGCCUAAAUUGUAGGGAUGACUCAGUGAUAAUUUGCCUUACUUGAACCAUCUGUGUGUGUGUGUGAAUUCAUUGGUCUACAUAGCAUAUGGAGUUUUAUAGCUCAUUCUACCAAGAAACCAAAAACUGCUUAAAUAUGCAUAUCAAAUUAAUCUUAAUUAUAAGAUCUGUUUGAUCUCAUUGAGUUUAUGAGUCUGUUUGUGAUUAUCUGUUACAGCUUUGAAUUUGCACUUUACUGGAGAGAACAAAAUCCUUUGGACAAAAAGCAAUAUUUUAAACUCGUCCAAAACUAAAGGUUAUGCACCAUUAGAAUUUUAUGUCAUGCAGAAGGACCAUUCAGUCUGAUUAUUGUGACGCUAGGUCAUUGUUUCAUGCCAAGUUCGUAAUGGCACAAAUUGUACACUACACAAACGAGCAUCUGCAAGAAUCCACAUCUUGCAUUGCAGAUGUGGAUUCUGGCUGUAAACUGUUAAUGGUAAUGUCAUACAUAUUUAUUAUUUAGCGUAUUUUAUUGUCCAGCUGAUCUAAAAUUGAGUAGUUUUGUUUUGUAAAUCAAAUGUACAACAAAUGUGAAAGAAUUUUAAACAAUCUAUGUUGCGCACAUUGUAGUUGUGUACUUAUGUUUUUAGAGUAAAUACAUUUUACUUGAAAUAAAACCGCUUAUAAACAUUUUU